AUGCCUUUGGCGCCUUGGGCAUGGCUCUCGUGUUGUGGUCGCCGCCGCGACGAGCAUCGACUCGAAGGACGAUCCUUGCUGCCGGAGAAUACCCCGCACUGGGAGCUGCUUCAAAGCGAGGAAGCCUCACCUCCCACGUUCGAGAUGAGCGAAAUCCUCCAUCCCAUCUUGGAGGAUGCACCCCUCUGGUCGCUCAAGCCACGAGGCUCUUCGCCGUACACUUGGGACGGCCGGCUGCUGGCAAUGGACCAAGGCUUGCCCAAACCUUUGGCCAUAUUCGAGGCCGGAGAGUGCCACGUUGUGCGACGAGGCGGCCCGCGUCCGCUUCUACAGGUCCGAUGGAUUCAGCGAGACAUGGGCUGGGGCGCCUUCACGAUGCAAAACCUGGCAGUGGGUGAGUUCGUCUGUGAGUACACGGGCGAGCUGCUGACGGACGCCGAAGCAGAGAGCCGAUGCACCGGCCCUGGCCGGGAUGCCUAUCUCUUCAACCUAACUACGCCACAGCAGUGCACGAGACUGGGGGUUCAGGUGCCAAGCAGUGCUGACAUGGCCGAUCCAGUCUUCGUGAUCGAUGCUUACGAAAAGGGCGGCGUGGCUCGAUUUCUCAAUCAUGCCUGCGGCCCUUCCCAUGCAGCAAACGUGACACCGAUCUAUGCCUACACCUUUGACAGUGAGGAGCCCGUCGACGCGCGCUUGCCACAUGUUGCCCUCUUCACCAACCGAGCCGUCACCAAGGGGGAGGAGCUCCGCUACGACUAUGGCAUGCCACCUGAGGCAGUUCAGAGUGCCGAUGGCGCAGCUAGACAUCAGCCCUGCCUUUGUGGAAGCAGCGUAUGUCGUGGCCGGAUCUACUAG